CAUGAAGAUGCCACCCAACAACUGACAGCGAAAAUGAAAAUCAAGGCUCUCUCCAGACCCUCGUCGUCUGCCCAGGCCCCUGGGUCGCAUGUCCAAAGACAACCCCGCAAUCUUGACCCUUCCCUUCAUCCUUUCGAAAGGGCUCGAGAGUAUACCAAGGCCCUCAAUGCAACCAAAAUGGAGCGUAUGUUUGCUGCUCCCUUCAUUGCCCAGCUUGGAAAAGGUCACGUUGACGGGGUGUAUACGCUUGCGAAAGAUCCGAAUUCACUUCAACGAUUCGCCAGUGGGAGCGGUGAUGGCAUUGUCAAAGUUUGGGAUCUGGCAAGUAGAGAGGAAAUCUGGAAUGCCCAGGCUCAUGAGAAUGUUGUAAAGGGAAUGUCAUGGACGAGGGAUCAAAAACUACUUACCUGCGCUGCGGACCGAACGAUAAAACUAUUCGAUCCAUAUAAUACACCAUCCGGGACAGCGCCGGCAGCAACCUGGCUUGGAACCAAUGCAUUUACGAGUUUAUCUCACCAUCGAUUAACGAACUCCUUUGCAGCUGCCUCGUCAGUUAUCUCGAUCUACGAUUUGGAAAGGCAGAACGCACCGCCCGAAGUCCUACACUUUCCCACGUCAACCGAUACCAUAACCUCAGUUCGAUUUAAUCAAAUCGAGACAUCGAUAUUAGCCUCAGCUGCAACUGAUCGGUCGAUUGUUCUCUACGAUCUGCGAACAUCGAUGCCGGUGAAGAAAACGAUUCUGAACUUUGCCUCGAACUCGAUAUCCUGGAAUCCGAUGGAAGCUUUCAAUUUUGCUGUCGCCUCGGAAGAUCAUAAUAUCUACGUCUUCGAUAUGAGGAAGAUGGACAGAGCAUUAAAUGUUUGCAAGGAUCAUGUUGCUGCGGUCAUGGAUGUCGAGUUCUCACCAACCGGGGAAGAACUAGUUAGUGCUUCUUAUGAUCGCACGGUACGGUUAUGGAGCAGGAUGAAAGGCCAUUCUAGAGAUAUCUACCAUACGAAGAGAAUGCAGAGAGUGUUCUCGGUCAAGUUUACGCCGGACUCUAAAUUCAUUCUCUCGGGAAGUGACGACGGGAACAUCAGACUGUGGCGAGCUCAAGCUUCGAACAGAGGAGGAAUCAAAUCUGCAAAACAACGAACAGCAUUGGAGUACAAUGAAGCUCUAUCAGAAAGAUACGCACAUAUGCCAGAAAUUAGACGGAUCAAGCGACACAGGCACAUUCCCAAGGUGGUCAAGAAGGCUGGCGAGAUCAAGGGUGAGGAGCUCAAGGCUAUUAAGCGGAGAGAGGAGAACGAGCGGAAACAUACGAAGAAGCAACAUCAACGGAGGAAGAGUGAAAGAGAGAAGAUGGUUCUGGCCUCGGAAAAGUGAUUUGUACAUGGCGAAAUGGGCGGAAAAUUGGCGUUGGAGGAAUCUUGGCAUUUACAUGGCGCUAGAGAAGGAUUUGUUGUAUGGGAUACCAGUAAGAUGUUUGUAGUUCUGAACACAUCUUGAUUUCAGCUUCAGUUCAUAUCGGUGACGAUGGCUUCGUGUGAUAGCACCCUUAUGUUCUGGCAAAUAUCCCAGGAAGAGACUUCAAGGCUUAUGAAGAUUAGCCUAUCCUAGACUUCUUGAAACCAUCCUGGCCUCGCUCAUGACGGAAUAUCAAGUGGUAGAUCGAUAAAUAAUACAUUGCCUCACUCUCCGCCACGCCAUCAGAGCAUCCAAG